ACGAACGAGAGCGGACGUGAAAAGUGAAAAUCUCAAACAGUCGAGCCGUAGCAGCAGAAGCAGCAGUUGGACAUUCAGUUGGAAAAUUGUUCUUCAGAAAUGGGAGCAGUGGUGGCGGCAGUAGUGGAGAUUGCAUUUUUUGCUCUAGUGGAAUAAUUAGCUUGCCGCACUUCUCUCUUCUCCCCUCGGUACCCGGUACCAGAAAAAUUGUGGUCGAGAGGGUAAGCUAGCCAGUGACGUGAAGUGAAACUGUAGUGGCGCCCAAGCUCAGGCUGGGAAGGCGCGAUUUUUGCGGUUUCGGUGAAUUUCUACAAAUCGUACAGAGGGGGAGGUCGGUGAUCUUCUCACUAUCUCGGCCACUCAUCGAGGCUUCCUAGAUUGCAAUUGUUGAUGGGAAUGGUGGAGUCGCGUGGUUGUUCUUCCGAUUGGCGGGAGGAAAGCGGAAGAUACAAUAAAACGACCAGCAGAUAAAUCAUUCUGUGGGGUUUCGUUGCUGAUGGUCAGGAAUUGGCUGAGUGGGGGAGUGUUUUCUUUUUGUGCCCCUGUGCGGUUCGUUACUCUUCAAAGAAGAUUCUUUUCCAUUGAAUAUUUAAGUGCUUCAGUGCUAACCGAGUGCCGAAGAAGAAGAAAAUUCCGCGAAAGUUACUCGCUCGUGAGCUAGUGAACAUAUUGCACCAAUAGAAGAAUAUUAGCAACGGUCUAGGAAUGUGAAAUAAUACCGUGAAAUAGUACAUUUUUAUUCCACACUUCAAACCCGAAACCAAUUGUCCAAUUGGCUAGUACUACAAGAACGGAACGAAUAAAUACCAAACAGGGGUGACUACCGCUGCCAGUGCACACUCGAAAAACGCGUGCUUGCCCCGUGUCACAACGGGGGGCGUGAAAAGGUGUUCAUUCGCUCGCCGUAGUAGUAGGCACUGCGCAGCAAUCGAGACGCCCGUUUACGAGCCACAUCCGGAUUGACCAACAAGUAUUCUAACGGCGUAGGCGUAUCCGCUUGCGGCCGCAGCCGGACAAAAGUUAGCCGGCCAGUGCGGGUAGGAGAGGUUAAAAAUAAAAUAAACGAAUAUAGGUGAAAGUGAUAGUGAGUUGGCCAUUCAAAAAAAAAAAAAAAAUCGAAGGAACGCAUGAAAAAUUAGGGUGCGAAAAUACUUACCAAUAAUAGCAGUGUCAGCAGCAGUAGCUUAACGUAGUAACAACAACCGGUAAUUGCUUCUGUUGGUGAGUGUGUGAUUGUGAUUUUUCCCUCCGCUUGAUAACGAAAACAGUUUCAGCAGGUGCGAAUUGUGGUUUGGGGGGAAAUUUCCGGUGGGUGACCGGUGGGUUGUUUCAUGCUAUUCAGUGCUUUUCCCUAUCCAAGUUGGCUGCGGCAUGGCGUAACGCGAGCAACGGAAAACGAACCGUGUUAAUUCGAAUCAAUUCAGAAGUUGAUAAAUCAAAUUCAAACGUCGGAUCCGUUUGGUGUUCAUGUAAUGUGAAUACCCGUAGAUUUCGUAGUGGUACGUACAGUGAGGGAAAAACAUACCGUAAAAAUAUUUUCGCUUUUGCAACUGAAAGUUUGAAUAGAAUUGUUUGUGGCUCUACGAGAGUAAUCGUGUAUGUGUGGUGAAACGAAGCUAGCUGCUGAUCCUAAAUGGUGCUGAUGGUAAUGGUAGUGAUCCUGCUUUCCGAUGAUGACGAUGAUUACGCGGGUCAGUGAGGCGUACAGUGUUACCGGUAUGUGGUAGAAUCUAGGCAGCCAGAUGUUCCAGUCGGGUAAUUUCGUAACCCGAACAAAUCACCCCGCGAGAGCACAGUUGGAUGUUUAAUCAAGUGGAAAAUGAAGCAGAUUCUAGGAUAAGCUCAUCACAGACUGUUUAUCCGCCUAAAACAAUACACUCUUAUGCAAAGCAACGUUUGCCAUCUCGUUGACAACGCCACGAGUAGCAGUGUAAUAGCCGAACUGAAAGCGUUCGUUGGUUGGUUUGCCGUCGUCGUCGUUGUCGUCAGACUGUUGAAAGCCACCCAAACAGCAGCGGGUGCGGAAGGGGUGGUUUGAGAGCACGCCAGCUAGCCCCUUAGAGAAAGCUCACCACUGGAGGCGUUACGGCGUCAGUCGAGGUCCAUAGCAGCUCGCCGUGGACGAAAAGUGAAGUUCUCCGAAUGGGAAGAUCAUCAUGAUAAUGACGCACCGGAUGAAGCAUUGAUUGUUUGUAUUACACCGAACACUCACAUUCGGUUUUGCUAAAGAAAACACGAUUUUGCUCCCAGUUCCAAAAGUUUCACACUACACACUUAUAGAAGGAAAACAAAGAUUCCACCCAAUGUAAAUAACUAAAAGAGAGGGUGUUUUGAACACGAUCCAAGUUAGCAGAGAAUAAAGCACACGUACUCAAUGGCACAGCAAGCGGGUGGGUGAAUCAGCCACCAACCUUGAAUCGUUCGCUUCGUUCGCAUUCACUAUAGCAACAAUCAACUCAAACCCGCUUGCAGUAAAAACCAAAAAAAAAACAAAAAAGUGUUUGAUUCUUCGCUACCGAUUCGCGAAGGACUGCUAUGAGACCGAGGGUUGCUCAGCAUCCGCCAGUUACCCGCUCGAUGCUGAUUGCAACCGAACGAAUGUUGAACCCAAGCUCUAAAUGAAAGUGGUGAAGAAAAUGUGGGGCAAAACAACUCGAUGGAAAGCACAACACUAAAGAGUAAACUGUUUGUAAAAAAUGAGAAAUCGGCAGCGCGCCGCACUUCCACCCCGGAUAGUAUGACCCUGCGGACGCGCGGUGGGGACGACUCCACGGAUCCGAUGGCCGGCAGUGUAGGUCCGGCUGGCACUGGCGGGGGCCCCGGAAGCAAAAAGGAUACCAAGAUAGAGAUUCCGCUGCCAUCGCACAUGCAACCGUCGUCCGGGGAAAAAUUAGCCGAUAAACGAGUUAAGAGACACAGCAUCCACGGCAUGAUGGAGGAGGAAAAUGUGGUCCGACCGCACCAGGAGAUUGCGGCCCUGUCGCUGGAUGAGAAGAAAUUCCUGCUCGCGGUCGAACGUGGCGAUGUGGCCAGCACACGACGAAUACUGGAAAAGGUCGAAGCGGAGGGACACAUCAACAUCAACUGUGUCGAUCCGCUCGGCCGGUCCGCCCUGCUGAUGGCCAUCGACAACGAGAAUCUGGAGAUGGUGGAACUGCUCAUCAAUCAUCGGGUGGACACGAAAGAUGCCCUACUGCACGCCAUCUCGGAGGAAUUUGUCGAAGCGGUUGAGGUACUGCUGGAUCACGAAGAUAGCUCCCACAAGAAUGGGGAUCCGCAUAGCUGGGAAGCAUUACAUCCGGACACGGCGACCUUCACACCGGAUAUUACGCCAUUAAUUUUGGCGGCACACAGGGAUAACUACGAAAUCAUUAAAAUUUUACUGGAUCGAGGUGCUACGCUACCGAUGCCACACGAUGUGCGAUGCGGCUGCGACGAUUGCGUCACAUCACGACAGGAAGACUCCCUGCGGCAUUCUCGGUCUCGGAUCAACGCUUACCGCGCCCUUGCCAGCCCAUCGCUGGUGGCCCUGUCAUCCAAGGAUCCCAUUCUGACGGCGUUCGAGUUGAGUUGGGAGCUGCGUCGGUUGAGCUUUCUCGAGCACGAAUUUAAGAAUGAAUAUCAGGAGCUUAGACGUCAGUGUCAGGAUUUUGCUACUGCUUUGUUGGACCAUACCCGGUCAUCACACGAGCUGGAGGUGCUGUUGAACCAUGACCCAACCGGGCCGGCCUUCGAGCACGGUGAUCGGAUGCAUCUGAACCGACUGAAGCUGGCGGUGAAAUUAAGACAGAAAAAGUUCGUAUCCCAUCCCAACGUGCAGCAGCUGCUGGCCAGUAUCUGGUACGAAGGGCUUCCGGGCUUCCGAAGGAAAAACAUGGCCUUGCAAGCGCUGGAGAUAGUACGAAUAGGUAUCCUAUUCCCACUGUUCUCCUUUUCCUACAUUAUCGCACCGCACUCAACGUUCGGCCAGACGAUGAGGAAACCUUUUAUAAAGUUCAUUUGCCACAGUGCAUCGUAUUUCACCUUUUUAUUUCUGCUAAUGUUGGCUUCGCAGCGUAUCGAAACUGUGAUUGGUGGAGUGUGGGGUGCCGAGCUGAGCCCCCACGAUGAAGUGCCUACGAAAAGGGGAGCGAGUCCCACGCUGGUCGAGUGGCUCAUUUUGUCCUGGGUUAGCGGACUGAUUUGGAGCGAAGUGAAGCAGCUGUGGGAUGUCGGCCUGCAGGAAUACGUGAACGAUAUGUGGAAUGUGAUAGAUUUCGUGACUAACUCGCUGUAUGUGGCGACGGUGGCGCUGCGGGUGGUUUCCUACUUCGAGGUCCAAAAAGAGAUGGCCAUCAACCGGUUCGCGGCGGAUCUUCCCCGCGAGAAGUGGGACACCUGGGAUCCGAUGCUGAUUUCCGAGGGUCUGUUCAGCGCUGCAAACAUCUUCAGCUCGCUCAAGCUGGUGUACAUCUUCUCGGUCAAUCCGCACCUGGGACCGCUGCAGGUGUCUCUUUCGCGGAUGGUGAUGGAUAUUAUGAAAUUUUUCUUCCUAUACGUGCUGGUUCUGUUCGCGUUCAGUAGUGGUUUGAAUCAACUGCUUUGGUAUUAUGCCGAUCUGGAGAAAAAGAGGUGUCCGGAUGUAACAACGUUUUCCGGAUCGUCUAACCUAACAUCGACGGAUCCUAAUGCCUGUGUCGUGUGGAGACGAUUCGCGAAUCUGUUCGAAACGAUUCAAACACUUUUCUGGGCAGUCUUCGGGUUAGUGGAUUUGGAAAACUUUGAGCUGGACGGCAUCAAGAUCUUCACUCGAUUCUGGGGAAUGCUGAUGUUCGGAACUUAUUCGGUGAUCAACAUUGUGGUGCUACUAAAUCUGCUGAUCGCUAUGAUGAAUCAUUCAUAUCAGCUCAUAUCGGUAGACAAAUUUGAACGUGCUGAUGUGGAAUGGAAAUUUGCUCGAUCGAAACUUUGGAUUAGCUACUUCGAGGAAGGCGGAACUUGUCCCCCACCGUUUAACAUUAUUCCGACGCCGAAGUCAAUCUUCUACGUCUUCCAGUGGAUCAAGCGGAAAUUCUGCGGCCAUUCGAAGGCCGUUAAGAAGGAACAUAUGAAAACAAUUCGACGGAAGGUGAAACAAGCGAGUGAAAGAGAUUUCCGAUAUCAGAGCAUUAUGCGCAAUCUAGUCCGACGGUAUGUGACCGUUGAACAGCGCAAGGCCGAAUCCCAGGGUGUCACCGAAGACGAUGUGAAUGAAAUCAAACAAGACAUCUCCGCCUUUCGCUGUGAACUUGUGGAAAUUCUGAAGAACAGUGGAAUGAAUACGACAAGUGCCACCGGUUCGGGAGGAGGCGUCGGUGGGAAAAAGAAUCGUCAGAAGGAACGCCGAUUGAUGAAGGGCUUUAACAUUGCCCCACCGCCGGCACCAGAAUCGGGUCAGCAUCUAACACCGGUUUCCGAGUUCAUAUCACAACUUCCGGACCAAUCGUCACACGAACUGUUUGCCGGAGUGUUCGGGCCAGGUCUCACUACCAAGAAAGCCCUGCACCAAGUCAAUCCCAUGCACCAGUUUUCAUCGCAGUCGCAAAGUUCCUUCGGUGAAAACAACAAUCCCAUUCACAGACUUGCCAAACUAGCACCGAAGUUCCAUUCCAAAAGACCUGGCUCGCAGAAAAAACGAUGGGGAACUCUAAUCGAAGCGGCCAAACACGGGAGUGUGUCCCGCUUCAUCGGUCGUUCCCGUUCGGAGGACUCUGUCUGUAACCAUGGCCCUCGGGGUGAAUCUGGGAGCCACAGUAACAGUCCUGCAUCAGACGAAGCCAUCACCGAGUCACCCUCGGAUUCGAAUCCGAGCUUAGACCGGCCGGAUGUGGAGCCAUCGCCUGAUCCACACAAGCAUCAACAUCAUCAUCCUCAUCAUCACGUUCAUCAUCAUCAGCAGCAGCAACAUCAUGGGGAAGACGAUCGACCGAACGGUUCGGGGAAAACGAAAGACACCUCCUCACAUCAUUACCAUUUGCACUUUGGGGCACUGGCAGCACUCAAGCGGAAGAGGAAAAAAUUCUCCAACAGUCGAAACAGUAGUCCGGUGUUGGAUCCGCCCAGCGAAGUGCCCAUCGUGAAUAGCCCUCGGGUUAACGCCAAAAGUAAGGUGCUACAGCGUGCUUCCAGCGUACCCACGCGUACUCCCGGUGACGAUCCGGAAGGUGACGGUAGCUCCGAGGGAACCAUCGCCGAAGGGUCCGCGGUCGAUAACGGUAUCCCAGUGAAAGCUCUCCGUCACGAGCAGACCCAGAGCCAGCAGAACUCAAUCGAAAAUCAGCUGGAUCCACCGCUAACCCCGUCGACGACCGAGGAAAGUGUGGACAAUCCGGCACACAAGAGGAUCAGCUACACGGAGCCACUGCUGCGGAUACAGGGUAGAGAGGUCGACAUAGAUUCGGUUACAGAACCGCAGCAAUCCUCGUAUAUGAUCCCUGGCGUUACACCGGUUCGGGGGCACUUCCAGUCCCAGGGGUGGUUAUAGGGACCGUUUGGCAGGACGGGAUUUUGUACAUAUUGGCUGCUUCGAGCAGGAACUAUCUAGUCGUUUUGUAAGGGUAGGGUAAAGGGAGGUAAACAAGCUAACUGCCAUCUUCAAAACAGGACAUUCUCCGCAGUAACCAAAAAAAAUGGUUGAAGGAGAGCAUAAUCGGAUGUAAACUUAUUGAAAGCAAAAUUCUAAACCAAUUGGAAGGGUUACGUUUCGGUGGUCAAACAAUAGAAGCUAUGUUUUUUGGUUAUGUAGUUUUGUUCGUUAUGGAGGCCUGAAAACGGUAUGUUGUUAAACGACUAUUUGAAUGUGAUUAUUAGUUUAGAUGUUAUACAAGAAAAGAGUACUCCUGGAAUACUUAAACAAAAUGGGAAUUGUGCGCAACACACUUAAUUGAACGAGUGAAGCCCGUUCGGUGUAGAUAAUAAGAGCGGACUAAAGCUACACUUCAUUCACCAAACUCUAUGUAGAAAGCCUAUCCAAAAAAACUAUGGAUUUUAGUCAAACUUAGAUAUUUCAAUUACACUAGCAAGAUGAGAUUACUAUUUUAAGUAACAAACCACUAAGGGACCACGUCUCUUAGAACCACUAGAUAAAAUUGAGAAAGAGAAAACAAUAUCAAGUUACAUCAACCAAAGAUAUGAUGUUAAAUUUUAUUAACCACAAGCUGUUUCGUACUACAACCUGCACUGCGAGUAUUUACCAAUGAAUGCUUGAAAAUGUGACGAAACCAACCCAUUUUUCUAUAAUAUAUGUAAUUAAGCAUAUAUCACAAAACAACACACAUAAUAAAAGUAUACCAACAUUUCAGAGCAGAGUUAACUCAUACACACCAAAGCUAUUGUAGAGCUCCCCCCUGUUGAAUAACACAUAACAUUGAAAGCAUUAACAGAUAUUUAAUAGAAAGAAAUAGCACAAAUCACCGGUAAACACACACACACACACACACAAAAUACUGAGGAACAAUCCCCAGCUAACGAUGCGAAGAAAACAAAGGAGGCCUUAUUAUUGAUGAAGACAGUUAAUAAAUGUUAGCAAAGAAUUACUAUAUCUCGUUCGCGGCAAGGUAGGCUGUGCAUUUAGAGCAGUCAGUUGGAUACUUAAUAGAAGGGGUCGAUUUGAUAAUGACAACAUUAGUGGGAUAGUUUUGGAAGGUAGAACACGACGAAAACGAAAUCGAUCGAACUAGUCGAUGUCUACGUCUAGUCAGAUGAAGCGGAAGUAUUUAACCAUUUUGAAACAAAACAUGUCGUACCGUUCGCAACGGUACGUCAACACGGGUUGAGGAGGCUAAACGUCUCAAACUAGAAGCAACAAGAAUUUACCUAAAAAAAAAGAUGAAAACAACUAUGUGAACAUUACUACUAGCAGAGAUUUCCAGUAGACAAUUUGUUAGAGCUAAUGGAUAUAAAGUAAAUCCUAACAUAAGCACACUAAAUUUAGAAUCUGUCACCGUAAAUUCCAGUCAUUAGUUACGAAGAUUAUAUGAAAUAUGAAAAAAACAGUAUGGAAUUAAAUGGAGGAUGUUUUUGAGAAAUGGAACUAAAAGGAAUAAAAAUAGACGAAA